AUGAACAGCAGGUGCGUGUCCAUGAACUCAAGGAAGCUCAGCGGCCACCGGCUGCCGUCGUCGUCCGAAGACGAUGUUCUGGAGACGACGAGAGAUCAGCACGUCGGCGACUGCGGACCGGAGGCUGACGGCGGCGAGACGAUGGUGCAUUUCAGCCACCCGGAGCACCGGCUGGCCCGGUUCGACUUCCCGUACCUGUUCAUGUGCAUGGGGUGCAAGGAGUACGGCGCCGGGAAGCGGUUCAUGUGCCAGGCCUGCGGCUUCCAGCUGCACGAGUUCUGCGCGCUGGCGCCGCCGGCGCUGCACGACCACCCGUUCCACCGCAAGCACCCGCACCUGCUCUUCUUCGUGAAGCCAUCGCCGGGCGGCGGCGGCGGCGGCGGCGGGUUCCUCCGCCGCAAGUGCGACCUCUGCGGCAAGUCCGUGCGGGGGUUCUCGUUCCGGUGCGCGUCGUGCAGCUUCGACAUGCACCCGUGCUGCGCGUCCAUGGCGCGGCGGCUGGAGCUCCCCGCCGUGCACGAGCACCCGCUGCUGCUGGCACAGGACGACGGCGGCGGGGAGCCGGAGACGAGCUUCGUGUGCCAGGUGUGCAGGCGGACGAAGCGGUCGGGGCAGCACGUGUACCAGUGCCUGCCGUGUGGAUACUACCUCCACGCCAGGUGCGCCAAGGACAUGGUGAACGGGCUCUACGUGCACGGCGUCGUGCCGCCGGAGAAGAAGAACGCGCUGGCCACCGCCGCCAGGGUCACCGUCAACGCGCUGUUCGGGGUCAUCGGCGGACUCAUCGAAGGGAUCGGGGAGGGCAUCGGGGAGGCCUUCGUCGAGAGCAUUGGGAGAAGCAGGAGAAGCUAG